CAGCAAGGGGUCUUCUGCUGCAGAGAACAGUGGUGGCCACUCUGGCUGCCUCCUCCUUCCUGGCUUGCUUGGGCCCUACUCGAGUUCAGGCUUCACUGCGGCCUACAUGGAGGCCUCCGUGGAAGCCCCGCCCACCUGCCGAUCAGCUGAGAGGCGGGAGAAAAGGAGCUCUUUGCCGCUUGCCUGCUGCCAGGAGAACAAGCUGGAGAGACGGCGAAGAGGGCAAGUGGCUGAGAGGCUAUGGGGCUGGGCAGGGGGCAAUGGGGAGUCACAUGAGGUGCCUCUGGGGUGCUCCUCCAGGCAGUGGGGCCCCCAGACAACUGUCUCCCCUUGCCCUAUCAUUGUUAUGCGCCUGGUGGGUAGCAUGCUUCUGAGCAGUGGAUUUAGUUGGAAGAUUCCCAGCAGCAGGAGAUGUAAUUCCUAGCUCUCUCAGACCCUUUUAUCACUCAGCAUUGCCUUUUGGGUUUUUGUUGUUGCUGGUUGUUUUUUUUUUUUAAGUUAUGUUUAUUGUGUAAUUUAAUUUAGUCUUACCUUCAGCUGCCUUGGGUAUCUCUUGUCAAACAGAAAGGAGGGAUAUACAUAUAAUAAAUAAUGUUAUAUUUUAUAUAAAGAGAGAGAAGAGAGCUUGCUACUAUUCUAGAGAUAGCACUUUGAAUUGUACCUUGAAAGCAGUGUUUUGCAAACUUUUACUUUCUCACUUAAAUUCAUCUGUCAAGGAACCUCUACAUGCUUGUGGAUUAACCCCAGCUUGCCACCAAAGAUUCCAGAUCAUGUUCUCGGAAACAUCAGGAAGUUGCCUUGUGCUGAGUCAUACCUUUGAUAAGUGAUGUCGAUAGGCUAUACCUCCCUCGCAGCUCAGGUGGAAGAGGAAUGCUGCAAGUCCAUCAAACAGUAGAGGAGGAGAAAAGAGGACUUGAAGAAUAUAUCAAGGACAGUGAAGAAGAUGCACUGAAAAUGGUCAAUAAUGAGAAACUAUUCAACACCAAUGAAACAAAGCAGGCCUACAAGAAAGAACAAGUCAAGAACCGAGCAGAAAAAUGGAGAAAUAAGCCCCUGCAUGGUCAAUAUUUGCACAAUAUAAGUGGAAAAUCAGACAUCACCAAGACCUGGCUAUGGCUUAAGAAUGGCAACUUGAAAAAAGAAACAGAGGGUUUAAUACUGGCUGCACAAGAACAGGCACUAAGAACAAAUGCAAUAAGAGCCAAAGUCGAAAAAUCCACAACAAACAGCAAGUGCUGCCUUUGUAAAGAAGCAGAUGAAACCGUGGACCACCUAAUCAGCUGUUGUAAAAAGAUCGCACAGACUGACUACAAACAAAGGCAUGACAAGGUAGCAGGGAUGAUACACUGGAACAUCUGCAAAAAAUACAAGCUACCUGUAGCCAAGAAUUGGUGGGACCAUAAAAUUGAAAAAGUUGAAGAAAAUGAAGAUGUAAACAUAUUAUGGGACUUCCGACUACAAACAGACAAACAUCUGCCACACAAUACACCAGAUAUAACUGUAGUCGAGAAGAAAGAAAAACAAGUUAAAAUAAUCGACAUAGCAAUACCAGGGGAUAGCAGAAUAGAAGAAAAAGAAAUAGAAAAAAUCACCAAAUACAAAGAUCUACAAAUUGAAAUUGAAAGGCUGUGGCAGAAAAAGACCAAAAUAAUCCCAGUGGUAAUUGGCGCCCUGGGUGCAGUUCCAAAAGACCUUGAAGAGCACCUCAACACCAUAGGGGCCACAGAAAUCACCAUCAGCCAGUUACAAAAAGCAGCUUUACUGGGAACAGCCUAUAUUCUGUGACGAUAUCUAUAACAACAGCAACAACAUUGACAAUAAAAUUCAGCCAUC